ACGAGAAAGCUCAGACUCGGAAAGGCUGUGAACCCUUGCGUGGAGAGCCAUUGCCCGCUGAUACCAGACAUUAGAUAUACAUAUACUCCCAAUCCAACAUCCAUAGUACCCACCUUGCCACCACCCUCUCCAUCCUUUUCACUCAACACCCUCUUCGCAUGCUCUUCGUUCGAUCUACGGUAACUAUUGCCCCUUGAAUCUGGGGCUGUGUGUACGCGGCGCAAGAAAGGAGCUCCAAUCAACCGCAGUGUCGCUACCUCUCGCUAUCCCAUGUCAGCUUACGGUAUCCUCGCUCGGCCUACAGCGCCUUCGGCCCCCGUAGGCGCACAAUUGUUCCAGUUGAAGGCGCAAAAUGGCGCAUACAAUGCGAUCGCUUUUAUUCACUUAGACGGCUCCUCAGUCCCUCCACAUUGGGUCGGAUACUUGCACUCAAUCUUUGUACGAGAGCUCGAGGACGGACGUUCCUAGUAAGGUCAUGCACAGGAAGUGUCACUUUGAAGCCGGACCUCAAUUCAUGUCCGAUUCAUCCCUCCUUCACAGUCCGCAACGUGGUCCCAUGAGCGACAUUGAGUUCAGAAAUUAUUUCCUUGCAUAUGAUGUUGUCAUUGGCAUCUUUGUCAACUCCACCGAGACCAAUGCUGAAUAUCCUAGGCAAGGGACGCCAUUUGAUCUUAAAAGCUUGGGACCUUUAGAGUCAGCAGAGCCGUCAGAGCGCAUAGGCUGCUUCUACUACAUCAAGCCGAAUUACCCAGGUCGCUCAUCUCACCUAUGCAAUGCUGGGUUCGUCGUGCCGCCAAAUUCUAGAGGUCGCGGCAUCGGCAGCCUUGCUGGGAGGUCGUUCCUUCACGUUGCGCCCCGUUUAGGGUAUCGCGGGUCGGUCUUCAAUCUGGUCUACGCAACAAAUGAAGCCAGUAUGAGAAUUUGGGACAAGCUUGGUUUCCAGCGAGUCGGGCGCAUACCGUCAGCGGGCUUACUUAAAACCGGCUCGGGCGAAGACGAGCACUACGUUGACGCACAUGUGAUCUAUGGCGACUUCGCGAAAAUCGCCCCUCCAUUCGUUUGAAUGUCUUUUCAGUAUGUGUUCGAAGGGUAUCAGACUAUCAUAUUGCUAGGUAUUAGGCUCUAAAGUACACGUCGCGAGGGUGAUACUGCCCGUCAAUAUGCAAAAUAGAGUAUUUUGAAGAUGCCGUUUCUUGAGG